UAGUCUUCUACUGCUGACACAGGCUUCCUUUUGGAGAACUUGCUGUCAUCUAGUUUCAAGCUCAGCAGUAGCAAGUGGAGAACAACUUUAUUGAGUCCAUUUUGAUCCAGAGACAGACAUGUACGCCAAGAAAUCCGAACAGGAGUCGCACAGAGGAAGGUCUUUUGACUCUGUAAACUCUGCUCAUGAGGAGAAGCAGCUCAAUAAUGAAGUUACCUUUAGUAAAAUUGAUGAGAACCAGGACAAUAGGAGCAUCUCCACUGGAAGGCCCACCAGCUCUGAGAAAAGCAGUGCAACUAUCAUAUUCUCCCUGAAAAAUGAAGUCGGUGGUCUUGUCAAGGCACUAAAGCUUUUCCAGGAAAAACACGUCAACCUCGUUCAUAUCGAGUCUCGCAAGUCCAAACGAAGGAAUUCAGACUUUGAGAUUUUUGUGGAGUGUGACACCGAGCACGAGCAGUUCAAGGAUCUGACUCAGCUGCUGAAGAAGCACACUGAUGUUGUUGAGAUUACUACAUUUGACAACUCCACUGUACCUGAUGAAGAUAUGGCUGGUGUGCCCUGGUUCCCUAAAAAGAUCUCUGAUCUGGAUCUGUGUGCAGACAGGGUUUUGAUGUACGGCUCUGAAUUAGAUGCAGAUCAUCCGGGAUUUAAAGACAACGUAUACCGCAAGAGAAGGAAAUAUUUUGCUGAUUUGGCCAUGAGCUACAAACACGGCGAUCCCAUCCCUCGCAUAGACUUCACAACAGAGGAGGUGCGAACCUGGGGCGAGGUGUUCAGGGAGCUCAACAAGCUGUACCCCAGCCAUGCCUGCAAGGAGUAUCUGAAGAACCUCCCUCUGCUGAGCAAAUACUGCAGCUACAGCGAAGACAACAUCCCCCAGCUGGAGGACGUCUCGCACUUCCUCAGAGAGCACUCAGGCUUCACCAUCCGGCCGGUGGCAGGGUACCUCUCCCCCAGAGACUUUCUAGCAGGCCUGGCCUUCAGAGUAUUCCACUGCACUCAGUACGUCCGCCACAGCUCCGACCCUCUGUAUACACCCGAACCAGACACAUGCCAUGAGCUGCUGGGCCAUGUUCCUCUGCUUGCUGAGCCCAGCUUUGCCCAGUUCUCCCAAGAGAUUGGUUUAGCGUCGCUGGGAGCUUCAGAUGAUGCCAUACAGAAACUGGCCACAUGUUAUUUCUUCACAGUGGAGUUUGGUCUGUGUAAGCAGGAUGGCAGGUUAAGGGCCUAUGGAGCUGGACUGCUCUCCUCCAUCAGUGAACUCAAGCAUGCCAUGUCUGGUAAGGCUCGUAUCCUUUCAUUUGACCCCAUGGUGACCUGUAACCAGGAGUGCUUGAUAACUACGUUCCAAGAAGUUUACUUUGUUUCCGACAGUUUUGAGGAAGCCAAGAACAAAAUGAGGGAGUUUGCCAAGACUAUUCGGCGUCCAUUCACAGUACACUACAAUCCCUACACCCAGAGUGUGGAUGUCCUGAAGGACACCAACAGCAUCAAUAGCAUGGUGAAGGACAUCCGGCAUGAGCUGGACAUUGUGGAAGACGCUCUGAACCGACUCAGAACCUGAGAGUCUGGGGGGAGGCGGGGGUUGUUACCUGGGUCAGAAGAGGCUAGUUUGAGUUGGAAUGGUUUGUUUGGGGAUCAGUAAGUUGGAUGGGGUGGAUGAGAAUGGAUUUCAUUCAUCAGACAAAAUCUGGCAUUCAAUGUAAUUAAACCCAAUGGGUUUAAUGGAUAAAGGCCAUGUCAAAUGUCAAUGUAAAUAACAGUAUUAACCCACACAAGACCAACAGUCUUGAGUUAUCCGAUGACGUGAAUGCUCGCAAGUCAUAAACAUGGGAAUCUUUAACAGCUCUACCACCCACAUGACAUGAAUGCGACACAAGUACCCAGUCACACCAGAAAGUGACAAAGUAAAAUUCAUUAGCAAGUCCUUGCAAAACUUGAUAAAGAAGGGGCUACUUGCAGGUCAUGCAGUGGCUUCCUUUGGUUGUGGCUGGUUCCAUAUGCAGCAUAAUUAACAUAAAAAAGACAGCUCUGGUGGUGUUGCCUCUGAGAGGAGGGUGAUGUAACAAUUACAAAAUGGGACACAGCUGAUAUGAUUGCGAAGACUCGAGUCUCAGAUUCUCUCUGUUCCCUCAAAGGUCAGUUUUGAAUUGAUCCAUGGCACAGGUGAUAGGCUUAAGUUCAAUGAAAAAAGACAUUUGGAAAAAUAAAACAAUUUAUUGAUUUCUAAUGCCACCUUUAGAUAAUUCUAUUCAAUGCUUUACUAAUGUGCCACAAUAAUGUGUGUUUUUAAGUUCAUUUGUGGGCUUUUCCAAGCAAAUAUUGAUAUAUGUGAGUGUUUGUGAUUAAACUAGCUUAUAUUUCUUCCACCUCUUAAAAUCUCCAUGCCUCCAAUUUGGACACACCAUGAAUAUUUCUCUAGAUCUGCCCCUGGAAACUUCACAAAGGUGUUCAUCACAACAAUAUAAAUCUGGCAACAUUAGUGUAGUCUAUAUGCAGUGAUCAUCAUUCCUGUGUCACCCAUUAGGAUAUUCAUGACUUUUUCUUUUGACACGUGGCCUGAGAUACCACCAGUACCAAAAAAAGGUCAGAGCUUGGCUGUAUACUUGGAGGCUGUUAUAUGAGGGUGCAUAAUUCUGUGAUUGACACCCCCUGUUAUAUAGCAAUCAAGGAAACUGACUUAUGUUAUACAACACGAGGUGGUUUAACGAAAUGAAAGUUCCAUCAUGCUACACACAUAGAAAAAGAUAAUUAAAUUCAUAGCAUAUCAAGAAAAUUGAUCAAAUAAACCAAUAUAUACAGUUAUUUAAAAACAUAUAUACAUACAUGUGUACACCCAAAAAAUAACUCUGCAGUGCAUUUUUUGGACCAUAAAAUAUAUAAAAAAAAGUGGAGUGAUAAUGUCUUGCCUAAAUAGGUAACACCCUAUAAUUUAUGUUUAUUUUUAUAAUAUAAUUUUAACUGUAUAAUAAAGUUCUAACUUUGUUGCCACCAUGUGAAGGUUAAUGUGCUACCAGUUCACACUGUGAUGAUGGAGCUUGGUAUUUAAUGUUUCUGGUGACUGCUUUCUAUUUGUUUGUGCCUUUCCUCUGUUAAUGGAGCACUACUGUAUGCAGUGCUGUUGACAGCUGGCAUACCCAGACAGCAAUGGAUUACAAUACCUUUGUUAACUAGAUAAGGAAAUGGUCUCCAAGCACCUUGUUUUGACAUAUAUGCAAUAAACAACUUUUAAAUCACAAA